UAUUUUCUUCUCAAGCUCAUUAGUUUUUAGCGACGAACUUAAGAAAAUAUGGCUUGCUCUACUAGUACUAGUUUGUUUCAGGUGGUCCUUUUCCUUGUAGUUUUUGCUCCAAUUUGUUGCUUCUCUCAUAAGCUCAGCGGCCCCGGUGGUGCAAGUACAAGUAGUAGUUAUAACCUCUACCCUCAAUUUUACAACCGUUCAUGCCCCAGAGCUAAGGAAAUCGUUAAAUCAGUGGUGGCGAAGGCCGUGGCUAAAGAAGCUCGCAUGGCAGCUUCAUUGCUUAGGCUCCAUUUCCAUGACUGUUUCGUCAAGGGCUGCGAUGCAUCACUGCUGUUAGACUCCGGCGGAAGCAUAAUUAGUGAGAAGAAUUCAAUCCCAAACAAGAACUCAGUAAGAGGAUUCGAUGUCAUUGACGACAUAAAAUCUGCAUUGGAGAAGGAAUGCCCACAAACCGUCUCAUGUGCUGAUAUUUUAGCCUUAGCUGCUAGAGAUUCAACUGUUUUGGCUGGUGGUCCAAACUGGGAGGUCCCAUUGGGAAGAAGAGAUGCGAGAGGUGCAAGUUUAAGUGGCUCCAACCAAAACAUUCCUGCACCAAACAAUACAUUCCAGACGAUUCUCACUAAGUUCAAGCUAAAGGGGCUCAAUGUAGUCGACCUCGUCGCCUUAUCCGGAAGCCACACAAUAGGACAGGCUAGGUGCACUAGUUUCAAGCAAAGAUUAUACGGCCAGUCCAAUAGUAAGCGACCUGAUUUCUCUCUUAAUCAAGUUUAUGCUAAUCAAUUGCGUCCCCGAUGCCCAAGAUCUGGCGGUGACCAGAACCUCUUUGUCAUGGACUUCGUUAGCCCUACGAAAUUCGACAACUACCACUACAAGAAUCUUUUAGCUUCCAAGGGUUUGUUCAGUUCUGACCAAGUUCUAACUAAGAACCAAGCUUCAAUGGAGUUGGUUAAGAAAUAUGCCUCAAAUAAUGAGCUAUUUUUCAAGGACUUUGCUGAAUCUAUGGUGAAGAUGGGUAACAUUACCCCGUUGACGGGUUUAAGAGGAGAGAUCAGGAAGAGCUGCAGGAGAAUUAAUUCUAACCAAGUCAAAUUUUCAGUUGGAAUUAUAAAUAAUAUCACCAAAAUAUGAAUAAUGGUUAUUAAGAAUCUCUAUGUCUUCAUCUAUUAUUUCUUUUGCAAUUCUUAUAGUAUUUGUUUUUCUACAAUCUACUGCAUUUCUGAUUUGCAAUUUGAGUUUCACCUUAAUGAGAAUGCGUUCCUUUUGAAGUGUCAUUUCAUAAACCUUGAGUUCUAUCAUAUCAUAUUGUAAGCUAAAUUGAUGCU